AAUAUCGCACCGGUGUUGGACUGUAAUCCGCAAGGCGGGAGUAUAUAAGGAUAGCUCGAGGCGUGGAGAUAAUGAAGCAGUGCGCUUUCUGACAGACUCAGCCUUGCAAAGCAAUCGGCAUGGCACCGUCCCUUCUUCUGGUCUGCACAGCUGCUGCAACCCACGGCGUCCACUCCGAGUCCCUACCUUGUCAACACCUCUCUUUCGAAGGCCCUGUAGACGUCAAAAAGGGAUCUCUUCACGCUUUUAUAGGAGACGAGCCAAUCGGAAGAUCGAAGGACUACCAAGUCAAAAGAGCGGGCGAUUGAAGAAGAGAGCUACCUUUGCGGAAGUCUCAGAUCCUAUGGGCCCUUGGUUCGAUGGGUGUUGAAUACUUGAAGCAGAAGAAUUUAAACGAGACUUUCGUCGUGGCUACGAAAGAGAAGAAGUUCGAAAUUCUCGGUGGUGGUAUCUCAGGAUUGCUUACCGCGCUCAUCAAUCUUCUCCGCUUCUUGGAUUUGCUGCCAUGUUGCUCUCUCAUGAAGCGCGCCAUCGAACGCAUAGUCUUCGAUGGAGCCGUCAAAGCUGCCAUGCAGUACAAAGAGCGCUUCUGGGAGCAUCUCGAGCACCCCAUCGUUGGUGGCUGUGGCCGCGUUGAUAUCUACGGCAUCGGACAGCUCUGUUAUCCUAGCUACAAGAUCAACAGUACAGGCCUCAAACAUAUCGCAUACAUUCAGUGCGCCAUGGUCGAGCUUCACGGUCUCAUUGCCGACGAGAUGUGGACGGGCAACUACACGCGGCACUGCUGGGAUCAGGAUGAGCGUCAUGCAGACAGUUGGACGGUGCCGAUUGUGCCACAGCAACAGCUUUGUCUGCCCGCGUUCUAG